AUGGAUGAUGCUGAAGUUCUUAAAAGGAGAGGCUACAUCAUGGGAAUCAAUCUCGGAGAAGGGUCAUACGCUAAAGUGAAAUCCGCCUACUCAGAUCGGCUGAAAUGCAAUGUCGCGGUAAAGAUAAUUGACAAGAACAAAGCUCCACGGGACUUCCUGGAAAGGUUUCUUCCGAGAGAAAUCGAAAUGUUGGCCAGAGUGAAGCACUACGCCAUCAUCAAAACCUACGAGAUCUUCGAGACAUCGGACGGUAAAGUCUACAUUGUGACCGAGCUUGGCGUACAAGGAGACUUGCUGGAGUUCAUCAAGAGAAAAGGAGCCAUCCCAGAGGAUGUGGCUCGGAGGAUGUUCCAUCAGCUCUCCAGCGCUAUCAGUUACUGCCAUGAAUUGGACAUUGUCCAUCGGGAUUUGAAAUGCGAGAACCUACUUCUGGACAAAGAAUACAACAUCAAGUUGACGGACUUUGGUUUCUCCAAACGGUUACAUCGUGACGACGAAGGCAGAGUCGUCCUCAGCAAAACCUUCUGUGGGUCGGCGGCCUAUGCAGCUCCAGAAGUGCUGCAAGGCAUCCCGUACCAGCCCAAGGUGUAUGACAUAUGGAGCUUGGGCGUUGUUCUCUUCAUCAUGGUCUGCGGCUCCAUGCCCUACGAUGACUCCAACAUUAAAAAAAUGCUCAAGUUGCAGAAAGAACACCGGGUGCACUUUCCCCGCUCCAAAGUGCUGUCGUCUGAGUGCAAAGACCUCAUUUAUCACAUGCUGCAGCCUGAUGUCACUCGCCGCUUGCGCAUCGACGAGGUCUUAACGCAUGUUUGGAUGCAGGAUCCCAAAUCCGUCUCAGACACUAUGCUUAUGAAAGGAGGGGAAUGCUCUUACAACCAGAAUACGAUCAGGGCAGCAUUUGGGAAGGAUUCGGGACCAGAGCCCUCUGAAAAUGAAGAAGUUAUCCAAGAGGAAAGGCACACAGAAAUGGAUAAACUCUCUGACCAGGUGAAAAGGACAGCGAUUUGA